CUUCCUUUCUUUGGGUAACAAUCGAUUACUGCAAACUGCUAUUGUCAACAUUGUGUUGUUUCUGUCUUUUCCAUUGUUUGCUGUCUUCUUGUGGUUGUCCUUUUUCUUUUUUCUCUUGGUUAUCUCUGUCUGCCUAUUCGCCUCUCACUUGUUUUUAUUAUAAAUCUCUUCAAAAAGAUCUACUUUCUAACCUUUCUCUUUUCUCAUUAAUUUUUCAUUAUAUCCAUCACAUACAUUAAUUGGCUGAUUGGUUCGGUAUUUUACCACUUGGUUUUUUUUUGGGGGGGAGAUUUCUGUUUUCUGUCUUGAUUCACCGGUGCAUUUGUUGGGUUUACAUAAAAAGCAACGAAGAAAGAAUCCAAAAUGGCCUCUUUUAUUCUAUACUUUUUUAUCUAUAUUAUCGGUGGCUUAACCUUUAUUCCUUUACUCCUAGUAUCUUCAUUUUACUUCUUGCUAUGGUAUUUACCCAAAAUCGAUGAAAUCAAAAGUUUGCACAAAAAUGAUUUACUCUUGUCAAAUCAAAAAUUAAACCACCAAAAUCAAAUCAUGCUAAACUACUUUGACAACAAAGACUCAAUUCCAUAUGAUGAACUAAAAGCAACAGAAUUUGAAGAAAAAAAAAAUUUCGGUGUCAAUGGUUUCAAAACUGGCUGGUUGAUCUUAUCAACUGAUUACUUUGAUUCUUUACAAUCUCAAAAUAUAAUUGUCAACUUAAAUGCCAUAAUGCCUCCAAACUCAAAAUUCAAAUCUAAUUUAAAUUCAAAUUCAAAUAUAAACGAUAUUAUAGAUGAUAAUAACAAGAAUAGUAAUAAUAACAAUAACAAUAACAAUAAUAAUAAUAAUAAUAAUAAUAAUAAUAAUAAUAAUAAUAUCUUCAACUCUACUACAAAUACAAAUAAUACUACUACUAAUAAUAAUAACAAUAACAAUAACAAUAACAAUAACAAUAAUAAUAAUAAUAAUUCUCCUAACAAUAUCAACAAUGAAAACAAUUCCUCUAAUGAUAACACCAAUAACGAAAACUAUAACGAUAAAAAACCCUUUAAUAUCUCAAUCCAUGAUAUUGAUAAUACAAAAAAAAGCUUACUUAGAAAUCUCACAAAAACCACCACCUCAAACUCAUUAUCCACUUCAAAUACCACUGAUACCCUAAAUGACCCUUCAUCUACCUCCCACACAGGAAAAUCUGUCUACACUACUCUAUACAAACUCGUCAAAUCAAAAUCUUCAAAAUUCGAUAAGUCUUUCAAUUCAGAUGAUGAUAUCAACAACAUCCAAGAAUUAGACAACGACAAUUCAAAAAAAAAUACUAAAAAUUCAAAAAAAAAUAGAUUCUAUGCUGUCCUAAGACACGGAAAUCUUUUUCUUUACAAAGAUGAUUUGAAAAAUGAUCUACUACAUGUCAUUGUUUUAGCAAACCAUAUUGUAACCCUAUGGCCAAGACACUUGCUAGAUGCUGAACUAUUUACAAGAAAAGUAGCAAUUUGUGUCCUAAGAAAAGAUAUCAACAACAACAAAUCUGAUCUAAACUCUUUCAUGCCCCCAACAAACUCUGCCAUCUCCUUGGACAAAGAUUUCAUGGAAAAUCAUUGUUAUAAGAAAAAUUUAUCCACUUUAGAUAUCCUAUUAAGCUAUGAACUCCCUCCAAAGGGUUCAGCUUUUUAUAUCUUCACUGAAAACUGUUACGAUAAAGAAGAUUGGUAUUUUUCUCUAGUCAAUGCUACUAAAAAAUCAGAAAAUAAUAUCCCAUUUCCUUUAAUUCCCGAAAAAAAAGUUUCUUGCUUAGAUCCUUUAAUUUAUGCAAAAACUUUGCACCCAAAGACUUCAAACAUGAUCAAUUUAAUUCAAAGCUUAUAUAGCUCAGAAGGUCAAUUGGAAACUAGGUGGUUAAACGCCUUUCUUGGAAGAUUGUUUUUAGCCGUCAAUGGUACCAAAGAAUUUGAGAAUUUCAUUACUAAUAAAAUUAAAAAAAAAUUAUCAAAGAUUAAUAAGCCUGGCUUUUUAGAUGAUUUUAAAAUCAACAAAAUUAAUUUAGGUAAGUCUGCUCCUUAUUUUAUAUAUCCUAAACUAAAAGAAUUAUCUCCAGAAGGUAAAUUGUCGGCUCAAAGUUAUGUCAGCUAUAACGGUGAAUUAUCUCUUGAAGUCUCAACUAAAGCAAACAUUAGUUUUGGUAAAAGAUUUUCUAAAAAAGAAGUCUCCUUAUCCUUAAGAGUAACUAUAAAUAAAAUCGAAGGCAAAUUGAUCUUUGAAUUAAAACCCCCACCUUCUUCUAGAAUUUGGUAUUCUUUUGAAAAACCUCCUAAAAUCGAUCUAACUGUUGAACCCAUUGUUUCCGCUAGGCAAAUCACUUACACAAUGAUCACGAAAGUGAUUGAAAAUAAAAUUAAAGAAGCCAUCAAUGAAUCUUUAGUCUAUCCAUUAAUGGAUGAUUUAUCAUUUUUUAACACAGAAAACGAAAUUUAUAGAGCAGGCAUUUGGGACAAAUCUGUUCGACCUGAUUCAAAAAAAGAACAACAACAACAGCAACCCAACAAUAAAACACCCACUCAAACUUCUCUCAAUAAAACAAAUACUAAUACAACUACUAGUACUACUAGUACUAAUAAUACUGAUAAUACUAAUAAUACAAACAAUGUUAAUGGCAACAAUAACUUGAAAGUUAAUAAUAACAAUGUCAAUGGUGUUUCUAUGAAUAAAGUUAAUAGUUUUGUUGAUAAUGAGAGUUCUAAAGAUUACCAAGACGCUCACACUUUCAAAAGUGACAUUUCGUCCAGUAGUGGUGCAAGUGGUUAUAGCUCCUCAAUUAAGAGGAGCAGUUCUGUGAAUAAUAUUGCUCCUGGUGCUUUGUUAUCACCAGAUAUAAGAAAUCGAUCCAAUACAGAUCCAUAUCAAUCAGAAAAUGGAGAUGUCAAGUCAAAUGAUGACAGUUCUGCUAUUUCAAUAAGUACCAAAAGAAAAAUGAGAAAAUCGUUUUCAAGAUCAAAUUCAAUAAGCAUAAAGGAUCCUCUGCCACAAACACAAACUAAAAUAAAUAAAACGACGUCAACUGUUGAAUUAUCAAAAGAACAGUUUUUAGCUGAUGGUUCAUUUAUUCCAUAUUCAAAAUCUACACAAAAUGAAAACAAUAUUAAUAAUUCCAACUUUGAAGUGCUGUCUGAGGAACCAGAAGACACAGAAAAUUUGAAUGACUUGAAUGACUUGAAGAGCUCAAAUUCAAAAGAUAUCGAAUUUGAAACUGAUACACCAACAAUGAAAUCGGUUAGAAAAUCCAAAAGCUCAAGAUCAAUUGCUGGGUUUUUAUCCUCACCUCAACCAACUCAAAAUGAAACAAAUAACAAUUACGUUUCAAGUUCUAUCAAGAAAAUUGGUAAAUGGUACUUUAAAGAAAAGACGCAAGAUGGUCCUUUAAUGGAGCCUCCAGAAAUGCUUGAUAGCUAUAACAAUUUGGCAAAUAUUGAAAAAGGAGGGAGUUAUAAACCCCCUGAAAUGAUUCAGUCAAGGAGAAUAAUACGGAAAAAGAGUAAUAACAAUUUAGUUGGAAAUAAUAGAAGCAAUACUCCUCCACCUCCUGUGCCUCCUUUGCCAUCAAGAAAUAUGACUUUGUCUAUAUCCACUCAAAACUUAUUUGGUCAGACCAAAAGUCAGAAUGAAUUUCAAGAAAAUGACAAGAAUAAAGAAGAUGAUGGUUUUAACAUUGACGAGAAAUUCUAUAAACCUGAAAUCUCUUUUCCCAUGGCUCACUCGCCAUCACAAUUUGUUCCUCCAAGUAAAAUUGGAUCGUUGAACUUAGCAUCGGUUAGCAAUGAUAACUUACUUGAACCUAUGUCAUAUAAUCAGCUUAGCGACAGACCAGUUCCAUUGCCACCAAGGAAACCACCAUUACCUACAAGGAAUUAACAUUAAGUUUCCUAUAAUUACAUUUUUUUCAUUACUUAUUAAUUUUUUAUUUUUUUUUGUUUUGUAUAAUAACUGGUUAGUGUAUGAGUAUAAUAUGGAAAUUAAAAAAAAAGUAAAGAUGAA